AUGGGCCUUCGUAUCUACUUUACUUCUGUCAUUACUGAAAACGAUGCAAAGCUGAUGUCAGAAAUCCAGCAGCUGGAGACACUGAUGCAGCAUCUGAAUUUAUCCAAAGACAACGAGACUCUACUGGCUGCCAUUCAGCACCUGACAAACCUCAACGACAAACUGAGCUCAGACAAUGAGAAGUUGAGGAGGGACUACAACAAUCUGACAGUCCAGUUGGGCGACCUGACACAAAACUAUACUGUCUUAGAAAGCAAGAUCACAAACCUGACUACAGACGUCCAGAACCUGAGAACACAAAACCUGCAGCUGGAGACACAGAGGAAGAACUUAACAAAACGAAUACAAGACAUGGAGACAAACUGGAAUGAGCUCAACGUCAGCCGAGCUCAGUGGAGCAUUGAUGCCUACUGCCCCAAAACAAGUAACGUGAGACAGUGUAAAGCUUGUCAGGAUGGCUGGGAACUCACCGGGUCUAACUGCUAUGUGAUUCAUGACGAUGCUGAUUCUGCUGAUCAGAAAACCUGGGAAGAAGCUCGACAAGACUGCAGAGGAAAGAGUUCAGAUUUGGUUGUUGUACAUAGUCAAGAGGAACAGACUACACUCAAUACAUACAGCUGGCAUAGUUCAGAAACUGUUGGAUACUGGAUUGGCCUGAGAGCUGAAGGUGGGAGAUGGAAGUGGAUUGAUGGAAGUGAUCUGACUCUACUGGACACCACAACCUCCUCCUCCUACUGA